AUGACUGAAUUUGUUCAAUAUGAGGUUGUUAUCACUUUGAAAGAUAACAGUACAGCAAGAGGAACCAUUUCUUAUGUUGACGAGAAACUGAUCACUCUAUCCAAUGCCUUGACAUCAACAGAUCGGAAAAUUCAGCCCCUGGUGGAGUUUUUAAACACAGACAUUGCUGAUUUAAAAGUGUCGCAACUUCCUCCCUAUAGACCCAAAUCCAAUGACCAACAGAAAAAGAGUAAGAAGCAAAAGAAUGAAGAUAUUGUAGACGAUGCAAUUGUCUACUCGUCCAAACCUUCGCGUUCUAAUACUCCCAAACCUGAGAAAUCAAAAUCAAAGUCAAAAUCGAGAACUGAAAGUUCCGACUUGGAACCGGAGUCCAUUGAGAAUGUCAAAAACGAGGAAUUUGAUUUUGAGGCUAAUUUGGCCAUGUUUGAUAAAAAGGCUGUUUUUGAGGAUUUCAAGAAAAAUGACCAUACAAGUAUUAGCGAUCGACUCGUGGGCCAUAAUAAAGUUGAGAAACCAGCCAAGCAAAAGAAACAAAAGUAUGACAAUGAUGAAAUGGUGUUGCAAGACGUUGCCAGGGAUAAUUGGGAUCAAAUUGGCAAAUCGCAAGAAAAUUCAAGAACAAACACCCCGAAAUCUGAUGGUGUUAAAACCCAAGGUAGAGCACAACAGAAUCCUACAGAAGCAAGAAAUAGGAAUUUCAAGUUGAUAAAUUCUGAAAAUGCCUCUCCUAUUCAAUCAGCAUCACCAGUACAGCUUUUAGAAAUUGAGCGAUUAUCAUCUGACAAUUUCGGUGUGACACCAGCAAUGAUGGCGGAAAUAUGUGCUACUAACUUGAGCAAACUUAUCAUCGAUCGUUGUCUUGGUGGAUCAGUUAGAUUGAGCAAUAAGAAAAAUCACAACUUGCCUCCAUUGGUUCUUUUGUUGGUUGGUAGUGGACGAUGUGGGAGCAGAGCAUUUGCAACUGGUCGUCAUUUAAGUAAUCACGGAGUCAGAGUGCUAGCGUUUGUGAUAUCGUCAGAUGAGUCUGACACUGAAUUGCAUCAUCAAUGGAAGAUCUUUGAGUCUGUUGGUGGUAAGGUGGUGACAUCCAGUUUUGACCUUUUGAUUGAUAUAAUACGAAAUCAAUUAAACACUCCAGUAGAACUAAUAGUUGAUGCUCUUCAAGGGUAUGAUGACCAUUUGGAAGAUAUAUUUUAUGAACCACAGGAUAAAAAAACAUUGACUUCUUUGAUCAAUUGGUGCAACUCCUCCGAGCAAUCAAAAGUCAUGUCAUUGGACAUCCCAUCGGGCAUAGAUGGUGGCUCGGGAAUACCUGAUGACGAGCUAAAGGUUGACUGUUCAUGGUGUAUUUCCAUGGGAUUACCACUAAAUGGUCUUCUUUUGGCUUACAAGAACAAUUAUUUAAGUGAUGAUGACAUUGUACACUAUUUGAUUGAUGUUGGUAUACCUAAUAAAGUAUUUCAAACGAAGCAAAAUUUGAGAAAGUUUGAUAAUUUUUGGUAUACUGCAGAAUCAUCCAUUAAAUUGGAUGUUGAAGCUUAG